CGUCGCUGACGGAGUGGGAACCAGCGCCGUGGAGUUGGGGGAGCCGCUGGCGGGUGGAUCCGACAACUCCCUGGGAGGCGCACGCAGGCAGACGGGCGGGUACUGGGAACCGAGCGGCAGGCCGUCCCCGCGGGUCUGUGAAGGAGGUCGCUGGCCCCAGCGGGCGCCAGUCAGGAUCCCUUUCAGUGAGUUGUGUGGGUGUUGUGCCUGGCUGCCACCUGUUUCCUUACAACUCUGAGGAAAAACAGAAAUCACUGCUAACUGUACUGAAAAGGAAAAAUUAAGUGACUUCCUCCACUGCAAACCAUGGCACUACCGUUCCGGAAAGACUUAGAAAAAUACAAGGACCUCGAUGAAGACGAACUCCUUGGGAAUCUGUCAGAAACAGAACUGAAACAGCUGGAAACUGUUCUGGAUGAUCUUGACCCUGAGAAUGCCCUUCUGCCUGCAGGGUUCCGGCAGAAGAACCAGACGUCGAAGUCUGCCACAGGGCCAUUUGAUAGAGAACACCUCCUUUCGUAUCUGGAGAAGGAAGCUUUGGAGCAUAAGGACAGGGAAGACUAUGUGCCCUACACUGGAGAAAAAAAAGGAAAAAUAUUUAUCCCUAAGCAGAAACCUAUACAGACUUUUACAGAAGAAAAAGUAUCUCUUGAUCCAGAAUUAGAAGAAGCUUUGACAAGUGCUUCUGAUACAGAAUUGUGUGACCUCGCAGCUAUUCUUGGGAUGCACAAUUUGAUAACGAAUACACAGUUCUGCGACGUAGUGGGAAGUAGUAAUGGUGUCGACCAAGAACAUUUUUCAAAUGUGGUAAAAGGUGAAAAGAUUCUUCCAGUAUUUGAUGAGCCCCCAAAUCCAACCAAUGUUGAAGAGAGUUUAAAAAGAAUUAAAGAAAAUGAUGUUCAUCUUGUUGAAGUUAAUUUGAAUAAUAUAAAGAAUAUCCCAAUUCCAACCCUAAAAGAUUUUGCGAAGGCUUUGGAAACCAACACACACGUGAAAUAUUUCAGUCUUGCAGCCACCCGAAGCAAUGACCCCGUUGCUGUUGCUUUUGCAGAUAUGCUAAGAGUGAACAAAAAUUUGAAGAGCUUAAAUAUGGAGUCCAACUUCAUUACAGGAGCUGGGAUUCUAGCACUGAUUGAUGCUUUGAGAGAUAACGAAACCCUGGCAGAGCUGAAGAUUGACAAUCAGAGGCAGCAGUUGGGGACGGCUGUAGAGUUGGAAAUGGCCAAGAUGCUUGAGGAAAAUACCAAUAUCCUUAAAUUCGGAUAUCAGUUUACGCAGCAGGGACCCCGAACCAGGGCAGCUAACGCUAUAACAAAAAAUAAUGACUUAGUUCGCAAGAGACGAGUUGAAGGAGACCAGUAAGUCCACCAAUGUGUGAUCUUUGGAAGACUUCGAAAGGUCGCCAAGGGCUUGUGUUGUGAUAUCAGAUGUAAAAUUUUCCUAGGUAGAAGGGAAGAGACUGGAAAUCCUUUUUUUUUUUUUUUCCUGAACUGCAUGUAUCUCUUUUUUAGUUUAAGUUGUUACCAGUUUCAAAUUGUAAAUCAAUUAUAGGUGAUAUUUUGUGUUCUAAAGCAUUAUUUCUACUUUCUGCUAAAAUCAUUUUUAAUUUAGCUUAAUUACAUGGUUUAUGAUGAGUCUUGGGUUAAAAAAUACAAUUGUAAAAAAAGUCUAGGAAAUCACUUAUGUAGAAUAAUGAACAUUUUAAGGACCAAUCUUUUUUUAAGUGAAAAAGGGACAUUGCUGAUGUGAGAAUUGCUGUUGCACCUCUUGGGCACAAGGCGCUUCAAAACUUCCCUUAUUACACGGCAUGGAGACUUUUCCAUGUUUUAAAACACAUGAACUUGGCAAGAGUGUGCUUUUUGCUUCAUCAAGAAAGCAAAUACUUUGCUUUAAAAGUAUAGUUAUAUAUAGUUUUUCAUUUUAAUAAUGUGGGCAUUAUUAAAUUUUCAUGAAAGCUCAUAGUAAAAGAAAGCAUCUGAGUAGGAAAGCUGUUUCCUUCCCUGUAAAAUGCACACAGCCAACUUUCAGAUAUUUAGGAUAAAAGAAAAAAGAAAGCUUUUGUUAGACACAUGGAAUCAGGGGUAAUAAACGGUAGAGACUGUCUGAGAAGCACGCAGACUGGGCAUUUAAAUUGAUGGUUACUGUAAAGGAAGGUGGAGGCUGGCCUGGGUGCAAGGUAAGAGAGAGAAGCUCCUGUGUGCGACGCAGAACUGCCUGAACGGCGUGUAAUCCCCACUCACUACCAGUUUUCCAGCCAGUAAGGAAAACGGCUGUUCUUGGUAGAUCUAAUUUUUAUUAUCUUGUUUCAUCUUGUACUUUUUUGUCCGUAUUGUAUAAAAGUAAUUUCUCAUAAGUUGUCUUCCUCAAAGUAUUCACCCCCACAGUUGGACAGUGUACUGUGGUGGGAAGAAUGACCCCAGAGCCAGGAGUGGGAGCGCUGAUGUGGAGCUAAUUCACGUGCCUCGGGGCGGCCCCUGGAGCAGGAGACCCCUGAGGCACUGCAGCUACAAAGGACAGGGGACAAAGCAAUCAGCAAUUCAGGCCUGGCUGUAUCAUUUACAGGGAGAUUUUUCAAAAGGAGAGAACAUCAUUUCAGAAUAGGAGGAAGAUGUGUUGUUAAUUCUUCUAAAACUUCUUGAAAUUGAGUUACAACACGUCUGCUCCUUUGGCUUGGGCGGACAGUUUAUGUAAUGAGCACAGGCAAAAGCUUUCCUCAGAAGAACUGACUGCUUUUUUGAAAAGUAGUAUCCAGUGUUUUAAAGGGGCCAAAGAUUGACUUGCACUAUUCCACCGUUCCCUUUCAGUUACAGGGUGCUGGGUUUGAUUUUUUUUCAAGUUAGCAAGUCAGGCUCACGCUGACUCGCUCUCCCUCACCUUUUCAUAAACGACUUUGGAAAUGUACUCAAUUCAGAGCCAGCACAGCCCCAGCAGGGUGGGGCGUCAGGGACACAAAGCCACGGUUACACUUCCUGCAUGGCUUCCUCGCUUGCACUGCCCUGUAAGUCAAUAAAUUGUUAAGUAUGUUACCCCUUCCUCCCAUAAGUUCUUUUUAAAAUACAGGCAGGUGGGACCCCACCUAGAAUUGUGUAUCAUACUUAUGGGCAAUACCUUUUUCACUUAUUUAUCAAAGUAUGAAGAAGUUGAGUGUUUUUUGCUUGUACCACUCCACUUCUGAGCUACAACAGUUCAUUAUAUAAUUGAAGAAAAGAUUUCUUAAUAAAUAACUAAGGGUGAACAUUCAUCCAACUGAAUACAGACAAAUCUUUCAAAAACUGUAAUUACAAGGGAGAAAACUAGUGUUUACUUUGAUCAUUAAAAAUCUGGCACCUCUUACCCUUUUAGUAACUUUCAGUAUUUCUGUAUUGCUCUAAAAUUUUAUGAUAGAUGAGGGUUAUGAAAUACUCUUGAUUUUUAAACCAAAGAUUUUCUAAGAUCUUAAAUUUUGUAGUCUAACCAAUAUAAACUUACCUGGUUAUCUAAGCAAAGAAUAUUCUUUGCAUUUUUAAAUUGCUGUUUUUUUAAAAACCUCUUUUCAUUUCCCAUUUUAUAAAAUUUUAUACUCAUAUUUGUCUGACAUUCUAAUUUUUCCAGUUUGUCUACAUGAAAUUACAUAUUAAAAGUCAAUAAUACUGAUAUUAUUAAAAUGGGUUUUGGUGCUAUCUACUUGUAGCUAAAGGCAGGUAGAAGUCUCAAGUAUAGGUGAAAUAAAUUUUCUAAGGGUGCCUGUCAUUUAAAAGACCAAAUAAAUGUUUUGUGUUUAAAAAAGUUUUAACAGAUUGUUAGAGAUUUCAAGGGGAAUUAUCUUGGUCAUUAAAUUGCAAAUUCUUAUUAUCUGAAUGAAAUAACCCAAAAUACUUGCUUUGUACAGUAGGGACCCACUGGAAAAGUUACAUGUAUAGAACUUUGUAAAUUGUUUUCCCAUUGAGAGUAUCUCUUUUUUUUUUUUUUUUUUUCAUUUAAAAAGGGGAUUCCAUGGUAUAAUGAAAAUUAAGAGAAAAAAAAUUUUGAUAAAAUGUUAGUCAUGUUCUGUUGUACAUUAUAUUUAACCCUUGCUGUCAUUAAAAUAAGAUUAAAAGGUAGGAUUAAAAGAGGUUUCAUAAAAUCUUAAAUUUUUGGCUCUUUGUUGCCAGGGCUGCCUCAUCUUUUCUUUAUAAAAUCAGGAAUCACACUGCUACCUCCCAGCAGACACGAGGUUCAUUCUUUUUCUGGCGUCCAUAGCAAUUUCCAGUCUCUGUUCAGUAGUGUCCAGUUUUGCUCCAUCAUUACAAUGCCACUUCACUUUUUAAAAAAACUUUUUUCUAGUUUUAUUGCUAUAAUUGACAUACAGCAUUGUAUUAGUUUAAGGUGUACAACAUAUUGAUUUGAUAAAUGCAUAUAUUGCAAAAUGAUUAAUAAAGUAAGUUUAGUUAACAUGUUACCUCACAUAGUUUAAAAAAUUUUUUUCCUUGUGAUGAGAACUUUUAAGACCUAUUCUGUUAGCAACUUUCAAAUAUGCAAUACACUAUUAUUAACUGCAGUCACCAUGCACACUACAUCCCCAGGACUUAUAACUGGAAGUUUAUAACUUUGGACACCCUUUACUCAUUUCACUAUUCCCCCACUUCCUGCCUCUGGCAACCACCAAUCUGUUCUGUCUCUAUGAAUUUAGUAUUUUUAGAUUCUGAUAAGAAAGCAUACAAUAUUUGUCUCUCUGUCUGACUUAUUUCACUUAGCAUGUUGAAUAGUAUUAACUGAAGACGCGGCACCCACAAGAACCGAACACACUGAGUGUGUCACAGCAGCUCCUUCAAGGGGCCUGAGUUCUUCAGUCCGAAUAUCUACAAAGCUGUCGUCUCCAUCAGUUCUCACUGAGCAUUAAUGUUUCUAGCUAUCUGCCAUCGUAAGACAGGAUUUCUAGCUAUUUCUCAGUCAGAGGAGCUCUUCACUAAUUUUUAAGUUGAGAAAACUUUAAUAAGCAAAGAUUUUUAUAUUAUGUCAUUUUAAUUUGGUCAGUCUUUCUUAUGUCAUACUGAUUUUUUUUUCUGCGUUAUAAUUUAAUUCCAUAAGUCCUUCCCUAAUACACUGAAUAAAUCAGAGAUUUUUUUUUAUAAGAAAAUAUUUGUAACAGUUUGUUAAUGCCAAACUCUAACUUGCAGUCUGAUCACUGAGAGGAGCCAGUCUUGUAAACCAUUGCCAAGGAUUUUAGAAAGCCUUCAUUGCCUUACAGAGAAUUUUACUUCGGACACCUGCACUAGUGCUGGAUAAGCCACCCACCAUGUUUUGUGCAGGGUCGUAUAUUUUGAAGACAAUCGGACUCCUCCCCAUCUUAGAGUCUACAUAUGUGAAGCAUAACUGUCUUUUCUACUAUCAGUAUAUUGUAAUUGUUGCAAAGCAAUUAAUAGGCCUAAAUCUUUCUGUCAGAUAUUGUAGUCCAUUCAGAGAGUAAAGUUUAUGAACAAAUUCUGAGUGCUUUUUGAUGGGUACAUACAGCCAUUUUUAGGAGUUUAAAUUUCAUCUUAACUCAGAAAUAAAGAUGAGAAAGUCUUUCA